AUGGCGGUGGAGCGCGAUGAGGACGUGGCUUCGGCCACGGCCAACAGGAAGAAGCGGGCGGCGUCCAGGCCUGUCCCGAACGCAGGGGAGGCGACGGCUUGCCCGGGCUCCUCGCCGCGAUUCCGCGGCGUGCACCUGAGGUGCCCCGGGAAGUACACGGUGCAGCAGCAAUUCGCCGGGGAGGCUGCCAGACCGUACGACGCGGCGGCCAUCAGACUCCACGGCGCGGCCGCGAUGACCAACUUCGAGCAGCAUCCUGCGACUGCUGCGACGAGGCGUCGCCCGGGGCUCUUCGGCGUGCACGGGACCCCGAGCGGAGAGCACAAGGCGCAGAUCUGGACCCGCACCGCCGCCGAGGAGGCCGACGAGGUGGCAGCCAUCGGGCUGCACGGCGCGGCGGCGGCCUUCACCGACCCCGACCGUCACGGCGACGACGGGGGUGCGCCGCCCCCGCGCGUGUCCUGCGAGGGCGAGGCGCCGGGGGACGCCGCGAAAAAUAAGAAGGGGAGGGCUGCGCCCAGGUCGGGGUUCCGCGGCGUGUACCGUCAUCCCCGGAGCGGCAGGUACUCCGCGCAGAUCCGGGACCCGGAGCGGCGAGCCAAGCUGUACUGGCUCGGCAGCUUCGCCACGGGCGAGGAGGCCGCGAGAGCCCAUGACGCGGCGGCUGUCACGCUGUACGGCUCCAAGGCCGUGACCAACUACGAGCAACCGCGCACGGCUGCCAUCGACGGCGAGGAGUCGCCCAUGGACCACUUCCCGGAGCUGCGCUCGAACAUUCGGGCCUGGAGGAAGGAGGUGGCGGCAUCGGGCACUCGGUCGGGGCACGUCGGCGUGCACCGGUAUCGCGGGAAGUACUCGGCGCAGAUCUGGGACCCGGUGCGGCGAGCCGACCAGUGGCUCCGCACCUUCGGCGCCGCCGAGGACAUCUUCGGAGCAUACGACUCAGCGGCUGUCAGGAUGCACGGUGCGGCAGCCGAAACCAACUUCAAGCAACCACGCUCGGCCGCCGCUGCGGAUGACGGUGAGGUGUCGGCCAUGAACCUCAACGAAUUCGUGGAGCCGCCAGCGCUUGGCUUCUUCCCGGACAGCAUCACCCCAGAUGGACAGCUCGACGAUCUCUUGACCGGCUUGCCCCCGGUGGAGUUGCAGCAGGUGGAUGAGCUCCUCGAGGAGAUGGGCUUCACCAACAUGGUGGCUUAACAUACAGGUGCUCCUACAUAUGCAUGAAAAUGUUCAGGCAACACUAUGCAUGCUUUUGGUAUGGUUCAUGAAUCAUGAUCUCAGUUUGAUAGUGGACGUCUGUGUCUGACCUGAUUGUGCUCUGUUAUUAUCAAGUCUUGCAAAGGGAAUUGACAGUAGACGCAAAGCUCCAACAUCGUAAUCAGGUCUUACUAAUUUUCAAUGUCAAUUAAUUUAUUCUUACAAUGUCUUAGGUUUAUAAUGUUGGAUUCACCAGAAAAAUAAUGUUGAAUUCAGCAGGAAAA